GGACGUGUCGGCCGCAGUUGAGCUCAUCUGAACGGAGGAUUAAGAGAAGCAGACGUGAGGAAUUUUUCCGUAGCAUUCUAUAAAUUCACAUUAAAAACGCGGUUUUAAAACCUUACCCAAUAGUAAAGACUGGAGAGCCAUCUGCUGACAGAGCCCCAAGUGGGCUGCUGUUAAUGCAAGAAUCACCCAUCCUAACUGGAUAAUAUUCCAUUCAUUUUCCUACCAUCAGUUUAAAGACUUCACCCACAUUACUUCAUUUGAAAGGUUGAAGUUGAUAUUUUCACCCUAGUCCGGCAGCGAGGCUGCUCCCCUACAUGCAGAUGAAUGAAGACCCCAUUCGGGAAGAACGCAUCCCAGCGAUCCAGAGCUGAUGCAGGACCUCCUGGAGUCUCUGCAAAUAUGAUGAAGAAAAAGAAUUCCCACAAAAAACACAAGACCACCGUUGGGCCCACCAAAGUGUCCCAACCCCGCCGAAAUAUCGUCGGCUGCCGCAUUCAGCAUAUCUGGAAGGAGGGCAGCGGAGCAGCGUCGCAGUGGAAGGGCACAGUAUUAGACCAAGUUCCAGUCAACCCGUCCCUCUAUCUGAUCAAGUAUGAUGGGUUUGACUGCGUGUAUGGCCUGGAGCUGCACAAAGACGAGCGAGUUCAGGGACUGGAAGUCCUGCCGGACCGUGUAGCUUCCACGCGCAUCAGCGAUGCCCACCUGGCAGACACGAUGAUAGGCAAGGCAGUCGAGCACAUGUUCGAGACAGAAGAAGGCUCAAAGGACGAGUGGCGGGGAAUGGUACUAGCCCGAGCACCAAUCAUGACCACGUGGUUUUAUAUCACUUAUGAAAAGGACCCGGUACUAUACAUGUAUCAGCUGCUCGACGACUACAAAGAUGGAGACUUGAGGAUCAUGCCAGACUCGAACGACUCCCCUCCGGCAGAGCGUGAACCAGGAGAGGUGGUGGACAGCCUGGUGGGCAAGCAGGUGGAGUAUGCCAAAGAGGAUGGCUCCAAACGGACUGGCAUGGUAAUCCACCAGGUGGAGGCCAAGCCCUCCGUGUAUUUUAUCAAGUUCGACGACGACUUUCACAUUUAUGUGUACGACUUGGUGAAAACGUCAUAGGUGGCCGAAUGAGGGCGAGAGUAAGUCAAUGUAGCCGAGGAUACGAUUGACUUGGGACACGAUCCAUAAACUCUGCCAAAAGUCCUCACGGAACGUUUCUUUUGCGCCAUCGUAUGGAGACGCUGUGAUGGAUACUUCACCUGAGCCUUGGAUUGCCACUAGUUAAGUGUCCUGUUUUCGCACAUCAAGGGGAUAGCUGUGUUCAACAUGUUCCCUAAACAAAAGUAGCUACAUAUUUGUAUUGUCUUUUAGUAUUGUUCAUUCAUGUUGAUUAGCAGUAAGUGAACAUGAUUUCCACUAGUGAAUAGAUGAAUCCAUUCAGCCUAUUGUUCUCUGUUUUAAAUUAGACGGUUUGUUGACUGACAGAAUAUCGGUUAAGUUGAUUUAAUCUAGGCUAAAACACAGCAGCUUAGUUACUAUCUUUGAACCACACUUUUUACGAAUUUUACUCAUCUGUUUGUUAGAUGAUUCGUAUUUAUAGUGUGCUCACCAGCUUCUUUC